AUGCCUUCAGUGUCCGACUACAAGGCGUACCACAUUUUGAGUUAUGGCUCCUUCCUUGGAGCCACACUCUUCCAAUCCUUCAUCGGUGGCGUUGUUGCGUUCAAGGUCCUUCCGCGAGCACAAUUUUCGACUCUGCAAAAGGCCACUUUCCCUGUCUUCUUCGCCCUCCAAUCUGUCCUCGGCCUCGCUCUUAUGGUCACCUACCCUGGCGAGAAGUUGCUCGGUGUUGGAGGCCAGUAUCUCAGGGAAAACACUGGCUUCAGCGGGCUCUUAGUGGAUAGCAAUAGAUGGCCUGUGUUUGUGCCACUUGCAACCAUCUUCAUUACCAGCGUCCUCAACUCCCUGAUCAUCGGUCCUGCCACAACCAAGACCAUGAAAGAGCGUCAUCACCAAGAAACUCGCGAUGGCAAGAAAUAUUCUGAUGCAGGCCCGCACUCCAAAGCAAUGGAGCAGUUGAACAAGACUUUUGGCAUACUGCACAGUGUAUCGACAAUUAUCAACCUGACCGCAUUCGGGUGCGCCAUUUGGUAUGGCUUUGUCUUGGGCGAGAGACUGUAA